AUGACUCUACUAAGUUGGAUAUUCCAGAUCGUCUGCGCCUUCACAUCGAUAUGUUUGAAUCUGGUAUUAACCUAUUUGAUUCUGGUAAAGAGUCCCAAGAAAUUGGGAGUUUACAAAUACCUUAUGUGCUAUAUUUCCUUGUUCGAAGUGUUUUAUUCGAUUUGGGAUAUGAUGACCGAACCGAUCGUCCACUCCUACAAAGCCGCCUUUGUUGUCCUUCGUGACUAUAAUGGAUCUGUUUUCGAUCGUGAAGUCAGUUUCGUUUUGGUUUGUAUCUACUGUGGACUGUUUGGAUUCUCAAUGGCAAUAUUCGGAGUACAUUUCAUCUACAGAUAUGGUGCAGUCAAUAAAUCCUUCUCGGAACGCUUCCUACCUGGCAACUGGGUGUACAUGUUGUUCGCCAUUCCAUUGUGGUACGGUACCUGGUGGGCGGUCCUGUGCUAUAUCUAUUUCUACUACACCGAUAUCACCGACGCUUACAUGAAGGAAACCAUCGAAUACCAUUACGGUAUUCCAAUCAAGGACUCAUCCUACAUCAUCGUCUAUUUUCAACCAACUGGCGCCGAUGGAAAACCACAUCCUGAUCCAAAGAUUUUCUUCGCUAUCGGUUGUAUGUGGUACAUGAUUAUCUCCUCCAUGUUCUCCGUCUUCUACUUUGGCAUUCGUUGCUACUGGCAAAUCCGCAAAACCAUCAACCAAUCGGCAGCUGUCUCUGCUACUACGAAAAACCUCCAAACCCAACUUUUCCAUGCCCUUGUCGUCCAAACUUUCAUCCCACUGGUCCUUAUGUACAUCCCAAUUGGAAUCCUAUUCUUCUUCCCAAUGGUUAUCUGGGAGCUCCCAUUCACCACUGAAUUCGUUGGGUACACAAUCGCCCUGUACCCAGCUAUUGACCCUCUCCCCAAUAUGAUCAUCAUCAAGUGCUACAGACAUGCUAUCCAGGGCUUCUUCAUGAAGAUCUUUGGACGCGGAAAGCGUGGAGAGACUCAACACUCACUCAACACCGACGCUCAAUCUGGAAGUGUGGUGCAGCCGGGACGAAGUGCUGGAACUCGAUUUGUGUGA